AUGACUUACCUCUUUACUCAACAGUCCUUUCAAGCUUAUCCUCAGUUUCCGAUUAUCCCACGUAAACAACUGGUUGCCAAGAGAUUAGCCCAAUGUUUAAACCCAGGAUUUCCCGCUGGUGUACAUCAAAAAACCUUGGAAGUAUAUGCGUUCAUUCUGAAAACGAUUGGGUCAAAUCAAUUAGUAGAAGACUUGGCCCUAUGGUCAACUGGAUUAUUCCCCUUUGUACAAUUUGCAGCAACUCAUGUGAAGCCACAACUUUUAUCCAUCUUUGAGACUUAUUAUUUCCCGUUGAAUGGACAACUACGAUCUGCUCUUCGUGGGUUUAUCAUUGCGUUAUUACCUGCCUUGGAAGAGGAGGGAAGCGAGUAUUUUGAUAAAGUUGUAGCCAUGAUGGAAAGGUUGUCAGAGACAGUAGAGUUACCAUUUUUUUAUUCAUGUAUGUGGCUCGUCAUGAUCAGCAACCCUGGACUUCGCCCACCAGCCCUCAACUAUCUAUUACGUAAAUUACCCAAAAUCACCAACCGAGAAGAUGUUGCUCUCGUCAUAGGCGGAAAAGAAAAUGUCAGUUUGAUGAUCCGUGCGUUUGCAACCACACUUCAGGAUCAGCAACUACUGGUGCAAAGAGGACUAUUAGAACUACUUGUACAAAACUUUGUAUUGAGGCACCGUAUGAUACCCCAUGAGGAUUUGGUCAUUCUCAUGAAAUCUGCACUGGGUAUUGUGUUAAGAAAAGACAUGUCACUCAACAGACGAUUGUAUGCUUGGCUAUUAGGAUCAGAAGGGUCAGCGCAGGCCCAGAUUGUUUACUUUAGUAUGUUUGCAGAAAAAGCAGCGAUACAGGCCAUACGCGGAAUGCUACAUCAGGACGAAGUUGAUCUACAAAGGCCCUACAAAAUGCUUAUUUCUUUAAUGGACAGAUCAGAAAUUGGACAACCUAUUGUAAAUAACAUAUUUAUGGAUUCAUUAGUCAGUUUACAAAAACUACAGUCUAAUCAUGAAGUGAUUCAAUCAGCCAAUAUGUGGAUGGAUAUGAUGGAGCCUUAUUUGAUCUAUAUGAAGUUAUUUGAAUGCUUAGAUACGAAUUUUCCUUCAAAUAAGCAGCGCCAUUCAUUAGAAAACUUGCAGCUAGCAGAAUUUGCUCUCAAAGCAUUCAAGCUGACAGACGAGGAAAUCAAACAAGUCCAUUUUCCUUUACUAUUAGCAGUGUUAACAAAGAAACUUCAAGAGUCCUUGAAAAGUGCUGAAUUUAUCGACAUCCUAGCACAAGUAAACGAGUGUCUUUCGCUUGUCUUGAUCAUACUAGAGCAAAUACCAGAAUUCGUAUUCCUCAAACAACAGCAGACAUACGAUCACAAAAGACGAUUUAAACAAGGUGAAACGAAUGUAAUUGAUUAUGCACGAGAAUAUUACGGAUACCAAGACCAGCAACAACAACAACAGCAGCAACAACAACAUCAAGCAGAUAUUCAUGAAGAUAAUGAGACAAAGAAUGUUCCUGAUGAAGACGAUGGAGAUUUAUCAAUUCAGCAUACAACAAAACUAAUACAGUUUCAUAUUCAAAAGCGACCUGAUUUCGAGCCAUUACGCGGUUCAGACUUGGUAAAAGAAGUGAUCGACAAUCUCGUCAAGUUUUUAGUCGAACUUAUCAAUAGUUACAUUACGCUUCCAGAAGAUCCUUUGAGCGGCAUUGAUGUAGGCGCUGAAGGAAAGCGGCUGGCUCAUAUUGAGCAUCAUCUAGAGCAAGUUUUGCUGAGUGCAUGUACAACAAUCAGCUAUAUGGCAAAAUAUACAGACGAGAACCAUACGAUUAGCACUGCUCUUACAAAAGCGCUUUUAAACUGUAGCCAGCAGGUUCAUGCGUUCGGACUAGUUGAUACCAGUUUAUCGACCCUAGUUCAGCUUGUGAAAAGAGGACGUCUUGUUGAUAUUUCCAUACUCAAGAACAUACCAGAGGUGAAAAAAGUCAUCGAUAAGCUUUGGACGUUUUUAUCACCUUCCACACAACUACUCCAUAUGCGAACCGUGGAGCUCAUUUGGCUUGUCAUCCAAGUUUCGCUCCCCCAUCAGGUUGAAACGAUCGUUUCCAAUUAUCUUAUAUCCCAAGAUAACACAGAAAAUUUUGAAAAGUUUGGUAUCCUUUGGGAACUCUCUGAAAGCAUACCUGAAGCCAGCUUAACAUUUUCACGACCGAUGAUGCUCGUUCUAGACUUACUCGAUGACUGUGCCAUAAAAAAAAGGAUAGGUGAAAGCUGGGUUCGUGCUCAUUUGAAGAGUUACGUGCGUAUCCUUGAGCCAUUUAUUUUGGCAUUAUUGGAUAAAAAGAUUAUACGGCAAGCAACAGUAUACCAAGCAGAAUGGAAUAACCAAUCACUAAAGAACCAGCAGCAGAUCACGACAACAGAUAUUCACUAUUUUAUAUACGCCAAGCCAUUUGAUACGGACAUUGUUGAUUACAUCUUUACCACACUGACGCACUUGUUUCAAUUUGGUGGUCAAGGCGCAUUAAAAGACUGCAAGAGCCAUUUUGUCAGCUCUGAAGGAGCAAUAGCAAACGCAGUUCAAUCUUCAUUGUUCGACAUGAGUGCUAGUACAUCUACGCUUACAUUCCUAGAUGUUUUAAUACUUGUCUGUAUAAGAUACUUGGAAAGCGAGCCAAGUCAAAAGCAUUCAAGUAUGCAAAAUGCUGUACGUAGUAUCCAACUACAUGUUGUGGACUUUUUACACCUGCUUGUCUCCAAGUUGGAUCGUGUCAGUAUGAGUCUUGUCGAAAAAGUCCAGCUUAGUUGCUUAAAUAAGCUCAUCUUUUGUAUUAUGAAUGAGAGCUUUGAUUUGCAACAAAAGCUACUCCAUUUACUCCAUGCUACAUUCGCCAUCACAGCCGCUAACGCAUAUCAUGCAAGGGAACACCAGCGACGACUUUCAGUAGAAAGUGAAGUAGUGCACAAGACCGAACCAGAAACAAACGAAGCCAUGUUACUCGUCCAGUCCUGCUCUGAUCUCUUUGUCAAAGCCGUAACCGAUGCGCUUGCCAUGUCCAGCAACCGAGUUGUUUUGUCUCACUGGAUGGACUUUUUGAUGGCUGUUUUGCCAUAUAUCAAACACGGGUUCCAGCAUAUGAUCGUCCCUAUCCUGAUCUGCAUCUGUCAUCAAGCUUAUCUGCGAUGUAAUGUGAUCAACAUCAUGAUUCAUGAGAAGCCAUCCGCAUGUGUUUCUUCCGAAGGAGCAGAAAGAGAAAUUCUACUCUUGUUGGCAGGAUUAGAAAAAAUGAUCAUGUUUUGUUUGACAGAGAAGAGCAUUGGUGAUGAUUGGUUUACGAGCAGUGCUUGUCUUAUGCCUAUUCCUCGAUUAUCCGAAAACUCAUAUUUAUCUGGUUUUGCACAGUUUGUUCAUGAAACCCAAAGAUAUGAAAAGCCAAAAGAUGUUGUCUUGUAUCAAUUACCUGUCAUCUUGCAUAUCCUUCUGGAUAUUUGGAAAGUAUUCAGGAAACCAGAAUGGUCACAGAAAACGAUUCGAUCCUUGGGUCACGCUAAAGUAGAAGCUAUUUUACAUAGCUUUUCUUAUUCGGCGGAUCAAGUAAAGGGUAGACUAGAAGCAAUUUUUGAAAAACUAUUCAAGUACUCGGCAGUAGAUUACGUUGAGGCAUUUACAGAAAUAUUUUUCAUUGAAAACCCUUUGGCUCUAGAACUUGAACAACAGCAGAUGGACGAAAGAGAAUUUAAUUAUUUGCCACUUGAUGUCUUAUCAGGUACACCUUCAAGCACAUCUGAGUAUAUAGUUUCUAUUUUACUCGACAGCAUUCGACAGCGGACGCCAGGAACAUAUCAGAAUAGAAAGAGAAAGAUCCUUAGACAGGGCAAGCUAACAGAUACGUCUUUACUUCGAUUUGCAGAAAUAUACUGUGGAUAUAUGAAAAAACCAGAAUCUGUGGUCAUCUUGUGGCCCAUUAUUCACUCAUUUGCUAAGGACUAUCUCUCUCAAGCAAGCACAUUCAAGGCCUUGUUGCCAGGUUUAAUGCGUUUCCUAACGGUCGCAUUGGAGGAACUGAGCUUAUCAGAGGGAUACGAGAAAGAUAGACGGAUCCGCCGGGACGCACAGGAUCUAUACCAGCGCUGUAUUGAUUACUGCAUCUUGAUCGCUGGUAAAGCCCUUGACCAGAGCCUUUGGAUGAGACGUCCAACCACAGUUUAUGACGAAAGUGCAAAUGAUGAUGGAUCUUCAGUUCAUACAGCUGAUUCAUCUACUCUGUUUGAAGAGAAGAAUUUGUCGACGAGCAAUGUGUCUGAUAUGGAAAAGAAAGCAAGCUGGAAGACAAGAGAAGACAGUCUAAUUAACCAAAUCAAUCAGUACUUUGCGAAUCGAGUGAUUCCCAGGCUUCGUCAAUUAGUAGGCGACAGUGACAAGAUAAAUUCACUCCUGAGCAACUUGGUUUACUACGUCAUCGUUCCUGCUUUGAAAUCUAAAAGUAAAAGCGCCAUCAUCCUAAACCAGUUGUGUGAAAUGGCAUAUAUGCCAUUCACUUACAAAACAUGGCGAAAGGAAAUAUGGGAAGUAUUUAUCGAUAGCAGAUUCUUUUACAUGAAUGUAUCCACUGCCAAAAAAUGGAAGGCAAUCACUCAAACUGCAUUUUCCAUCGAAAAGGAGAGAUUUACUGAAUUGAUGGGUCGUAUCACGAUCUCGCCUUCGACAACAUUUUUCUCAAACAAGGACCAAGAAGCAUUGAAUGCAGCACUCAAUUUACGACGCCUUUCAUUUGUAUUGUUUGCAGGUACUGUCGAUCAGUAUGUACCGCAGCUGCCAAUCAUCCAGGAAAAGAUUGUAGAAAUGCUAAAAUUAGAACACGGAGAAGUGGUGCACAUUGAGAUUUAUUUAUGUUUACGUAUUAUGCUUGUUCGAUUUUCUCAAAAACAUCUUAUGAAUUUCUGGCCGGUCCUGAUUACAGAAUUGAUGAGGCUGUUUAAUUCGCUUGUUUACAAUGACUUUGAUAAUAGACCAGAAGAAGCCCAGAUUGCUUUAGCUGGAUGCAAAUUUUUGGAUUUACUGUGUACAUUAGAGCUAGACGCGUUUCAAAUAUAUCAAUGGAUCUUUAUCCGAGAUACUGUCGAAACGCUCAUCAAGCGUCCUGAUCUCGGCCCCACUCCGAUUAUGGAACUACUAAAUGAAAAGAUGGUAACCGUGCCUGCUACUGUGGACUUUUCUAGUUUAUCACUAAACGAAACAACGACACCAUCAUCUGGGUCUCUAAGGCGCCCGAUGCUGACCAUGCAUAGCAUUGGCUCAAUUCACCAACUUUCCUUCUUUAUUGAGCAAAUCGGACUUUACGUAUACCAGGCCUCCUUCACACUGGCUAAACCUGACUUGCCGUUCAUUGAAAGUCUAUUACUGAAUGACAUGCUUGAAGGAGACGUAGACUCGCCGAAUACUGAGACUUGA